AAUAUAAACGUUUCAAAAAUUAACGUAAAAACUCCUCACGAAAAAGGACCAUUGAUAUCGGGUUGUUUCAGUCCACAAUUUUCGAAGAUUGAAUUUUCUCAAUUUGUUAUUUCAAUUAAAUCUCCUGAUAAUUGUUGUCUCAUAGAAAAUGAUAUCGUCUGUUUAGAAAACAUUGCAACAUCGAUUGAAGGUAAUUACAUUGCAGUAGGUCGUUAAUUUAAAGUUGUUGAGGAACUUUACAAUUAUCCAUGCAGUUCUGUCGAUUUUGACAUCUUUAAAGUCAGUCAGUUAUCUGCUCUUCAAGUUUGGCCUUUGCAUAAAAUUAGUAAAAAAUUUGUAAAAUUACCAUAUGUAAAGAAUAGUAAUGAAAGUAAUUUUACAGUAUUACCGCUAAUAAACACCGCACAUAGUUUAUAAUAUAUUGCGUACUGCGUUUCAUAAUUUUCUUCUAAAAAAAUUUAUAUAUAUAUAACCAGAUAUGUAUCAUAUUUAAAUAAAUUUUUGUGCGGAUGUAUAUAUGUUUACAAUACGAUACUCGGGAAAAUAUGUUCAAAAGUUUCAGGCGGAAGAUGCCGAAUUCAAAGAAUCAGGGAUUUAUCGUCGCAGAAUUCUACGAUGGUAUCCAAGUAAUACCAAAAUCUUGGCUACAAAGUAACGAUGUAUGCAAGUAUCCUUCACAUUAUAAAACGGAUUUAAAAAUUCGGAAGGCGAUUGAAAAAGAAGAAAUUCCAACUUCUAAUUGGUCUUCCGUUAAAAUUGAUCGGAUUUUUGCAUCUUUAUGUAAAGCCGAUGAGAAAGCCAAACAAGCCCUUGAUACAUCGAAUAUGGAUACCGAUAAAGAAGCGAGAAGCAAAGAAGCGAGAAAAUUAAGAGCAAAAAAAGCUAUGCUCUCGUCCGAAAGCGAGGAAGAAUCAUCUAGAGAAAUUAUUUUACCACGUCCUCCACGUCCUCCUGCAAAACGUCAACGAUCGUACGAUGAAAAUGAAUCUGGAAUUUUAUCCACGAUUAAAUGUUCUCGGAAUUCUUCCGCAGAAACGUACAGCAAAUCAGAAAAGGUUUCAAAUUCAAAUGAACACGAAUCUCGAGAUCAUAAUUCUUCGUAUUCAAGAAAUGAAGAAAGACACAAUAGUACUGUACACCAUAGACUAGAAAAUGAAGAGGAUAUAUCAAAUCGGCAUGUGGAUAAAAUGGAUGAGAUCGGCCAUAUGCAAGACGAAGAGAGAUUACAAGAAAAAAGAAAUGAUAAUUUGGAUAAGUCUUCACAAGAUGCAAUUGUGGAUCAUUUGAAGAGACUGACAAGAGAAAUAGCGACCAUAAAAUACGAUAUGCGGCAAACGCUUAGCUUAUUGGAUAUUUUAGUGAAAAGGACAAAUUCAGAAACAGAAGCCAAGAACACAGAGAUUUCUUUUGAAAGCGUUGAAGACCGAUUUCCGUUGCAAACUGCAGAACAAUUAAUGGAGGUGGAGGAAAUCUUGAAACUUCAUAAUUCCCAAGAUAAUGCUGCAAUACGAGCAUAUAUCAAAUCCAUCGGAGGAACUAACGUCACUGAUGCCGUAAAAAGGAUGUUGUAUAAGUUAUUCACCAAUAAAUUGGCGGAGAAAUAUAAUUGGGAAGGCCGUUGUGGAAAGGAACCACUACAUAAAUUGAAACUAAUAAAAAUGAUUUUUAGUAAGUACCUAAUACAUAGUAAUAUUUAAAUGCAAAAAUUUUUGUAAACAAUUAAGAAAUAUUUUCAAAUACACAAUAUUAACAAAUAGAUUAAGAAAUAUGUCUGCUAUUUUAAUGCAUACAUUUUUUUAUUAUCUCUACCAAAUUUUGAAAAGCUUUUAAUAAGUUAAAUUCCAGUUGUACAUAUACAAGUUAA